GCUGUCGCUUAUGCGCAGCCGUUCACGCAGCUACUGGACAAAGAGACCACUGCGUCCGACGGCCGAUGUCCCGAAUUUCCAUGCUUUGUAUGCCAAGAAUUACCAGCUGGGACCCCUUACUAGAAGAAGGCGAAAAGCGUGGCGAUGAUACUAUGAAACCUCGGAAUGCAAAGAGCGUGCGAGGAGGUCCAGAGCGUUACCGCCACUGUGCAGGGUGCGUUAUUCACAGUUGGCUGACCGAGUCAUCGGAGGCGAACCGACGGCAGAAAGAAGAUGCUGCCUGGCAACAAGGCGGAGCCGCACCGAACCUGCAAAGCUGGUCACUCUGUUGUAGAAACAUGCACGUUCUUGAUACAUUCUGAGCGCUCUACCGUGGUCAUUCGCCUCGCGACAGCGCAGCCGCGCUGGCGCACUGCAGCUGCACUAAGCAGACACACGCCUGUGACCACCCAAGACUUGAAUCUCAGUGAGUCAUAUCAGCAAGUCCUACACAUCUUCCAAAGUGACGUGGGUCGAGGGAGCCUCGGCAAACGGCCCGCGAGGCAGCGUGGGUGGUCGACGACGGAGAUGCAGGGGAAAGUCGUGCUCCUGUGGCGCAGCUCUGCGCAAAAAAAACCCGAAGAGAAUGCCGUUUCUGGAAAACUGUCGCUUGACGCAUCGAACUGCAGCGAAGCAGACACGAAAAAGCAUCCACCGGAUGCUAGAGAGGAACCCCGGUCGCGGAUCGAUUCAGAGAUGGCGUUCAGUAAGACAGCCAGACGACACGGGACGAGAGGGUGAAGGCCCGUACUAGCAGUUGAGGAGCUGGACGCCGUGGCCAACCACUCUCCAGAUAAAGAGGAAAAAAUACCGUCCACAAAGUCCCGUACUCAUCGGCUUCAUCGUCGCCGAUGGACCCGCCACGGAUUCACUGGGCCCCCUGCAUGUGUCGCUUGAGCUGCCUCUAGCUAAUUGCAACGGCCAUAUCGGGACGCGGAAAAGUGGAUGACAUACAGAAGGUCACUGUGUUUCCUUUUGAAAAUAUCCUGGAGUGACACUGGAGUCUCUCUUCACGAGAAUGGAAAAAUAUUGCGAAACCUGAACUGAGUGCGGCCACUCCCUCUUUGUUUUUGCUGUGUGACGCUUGGCCAGGUACCGCUCUUACGGUCACACAGAGCUCUGUGAACCCGAGCUGUACUCUUCGCUGGCAGCUGCUCUGCCGCUGGUGUCGUCGAGGAGCAUAAACCGGGGGAGCGUUUUCCAUGAAUCAGGAAAGAUUAAUGAGAUUUCACUCCCAGAAUGCUUGCCGCCUGGAGAAAUCUAGAAUCGAGUACAACUAGAUCUAUGGGCUUGGAGAGCCGAAGAGUCUGACCCAAUCAGGACGGCAUAGGGGUCGACUGUGACGAGGUCUAACAUGUCACUGCAUUUUUCGUGUUGGGGCUUUCUUUGCCAGCCUGCUGCUUAUGUUUUUGAGGUAUGCCCUGCUUAAUCGCUGCAUUGCUGAGCUCACUCGAAUCGUGUAAAGAUGUGAUUUCCUGUACCACCACGAUGGUAAGGGUCGUCGAAACGCGUGUUUGCUUGUCAUGUGAAGACCCCGUUUUGCUGAAACCUAGAAUGUCUAGAAGAAUCUGAAGAUCAACAGGUCGCCUCACGCGGAUCGCUUGACGUCUUCGACAGCAUCAUUCGAAGACCAGCAACUGUGGGGUUUCCCCGCAAUUUCUCUAGCUGCGGCGGUCUCAGCUCUGGAUUCGGUUGUGCCUACAAAGAUGCCGUGUCGUGCAGUGGUGCCAGAAAGCAGAUAGCCACUCCGUCAGACGUGGCUCCUUCCGUUUCCUUUGCUGCGCCUAACUUGGGAGAUUGUCAUUUUGAACGUAGCAUCCGGUACUUCACUACUCCAGCGCCACGCUAGAGACUAUUGAAUGCCGAGCUCGAACAAAGAUCCCGUGGCGUGGCGCCGCUUCUCUGCGAUACGUGAAUACGUGAUACAGUGGUACCCGUGAACUUGUUUAAGUCGAGCAGUUUUACUUGCAGGCACGUAACGCCGUUGAUCGUUGACCGGGUGAUGCUCAGAGGAGUCGCGGCAUGCAGACAUACACAGCGAGGUGCACUUGUGCACUUGUAGCAGGAAACUGCAGCUAACUCACUGGACUGUGCUUCUGAAAAGACCACAGAGUGCCUGAGGUUCAGGCUUAGUCUCCAGCAAGGGGUAUCACACGAACUCCCUAUCAUCCCGCUUUGCACACAGCCUCAUCCACGGGAAAAGAAACCGGCACCCCUGUGCCAACAAAAGAAUCCCUUUUCCA